GAACAGCAGAGAGAGAGAAAGAGGGAGUGCUUAAAAAAGAGCAAUAGACAGAGGGAGGGAACGAGAGUGGAGACGGAGAUAGAUACACAUUGCUAGCAAAAACAGUCUACAAAAAUAUAAAGAGAAAAGGUAUUUUAUUUAUUCUCAGAGUUGUAUUUCAUUCAUCUGAGCGUGAGAUUACAAAGAGGGGACGUGUGAAGGUAGACUGAGACGUCAAGACGAAGGUAAAGAGACACUGCAGUGGAGCGGGAAUAUGGAUGCACAGUCUGAGAGCUGUGAACCACCGCCAUGUGACCCUCAGCCUCCAGGUAAAAUCAGAAAAGCCUUCAAACUAUUCGGCAAGCGGAAGCCUGGGAGCAGCGUCGCUAGCAUCUUCUCCAUACGUGGGAAAGGAGAUGGAGGCCCUAAGUCACCGCCGUCAAUGAGCAAAACCCUGGAUGGAUUAAAUGAACCUACUGCCCCAGAAGCAGAGGCAGAGCAGGUGGAUCUUGACCAGGAGGAUGAGAGUCAACAGGACGAUGCUCCAAUGGAGGAGUUCACAGGUGGGAACAUGAAUUCAGAAACUACUCCUACGCGGCACUCCAUCUCUUCCCUCACCUCUGCUAAGUCUCUGAGCUUCCUCAAUAUGCUUCGCAAAGGCAGACGGGGACUGAUGGGAGAACGGCAGACUCAGACCGAGUCUCAGAGGCCCGGGCGGCAACGGAAGGGCCUAAAGGGAUUGUUUGGUACAGUGCGCUGGCAUGGUAAAGAGAAAGAGGAUGAGGAGGAGGGUGAACCUGGCCCUCCCCUUCUUGCUUCUCGCUCCAACAGCGUUGAGAUUAUAAAGGAGAGUCUCACAUUGACACCCGGGCCUCCACCUCGCUCUGUGGAGGGGACAGAGGAAAAGCCUAAGCUUCCUACACCACAAGAGGGCCCUACGUCAUCUGAGGACUCUGCAAAGGUGAGCGGGUCAACCAAACCUCCAGCAAAUGAACGCUUGAGCACACUGCUUGGAGAUAUCUCAUCAAUUUUAAGCUUUGAUUCACUAACAGCAUGUGGAGAUAUUGUAGCAGACGUUGAGGCAGAAUGGGUCAAAGCUAGCAGUCGAAUGGAGGGAGCACCUAGCACAUUGAAAGUGGAUAAUUCUGAGAAGACUUCAUCUUCUUCGACUUCUACCAGAUCAAAGUCUAGCCCUUCUCCUACUCUCAGCCCAACCACCUCCUUCAAACCUUCCCCUACUUUAGCAACCAAACCCACCCUUUCACCUACCACCACCAAACCUAUUCCCAGCCCUUUGACAAAACCUGCAGUUACCUCAACAUCCUCUCCGGUGACCAAAAUGUCAUCAUCUAUGCUUACUGACCCUAUUAUCCCUACUCUACCGUCCAGCCCUCUCGCCAAACCCACCCCUACACCAUCAGCUAUAACCCAGCCUACCCCAACACCAACACCUAUCCCAAUUCCUCAAGCCACGGCAACUGCAACAACUACUCCAAUUAUCCAACCUACCCCAACCGCUACAUCUGUCUCCAUUACACAGCCUACCCCAAGCCCUAUAUCAAGCCCCACAACCAAAUCUACAACUUCCCCAGCUAAACCUACCCUGUCCCCUAAAUUUAGCCCUGAAAUCAAACCAGACACAAUAUCUAGCUCCACAACUGCCCCAAUGACCAAACCUAUUCCAUCCUCUACACCCAUUCCUCCGUCCAUCUCAGCCCCUACUUCCGAAACAUCCCCCUCACCCACAAUUAGUUCUACCCCUGAACUUGCUGCUGUUACUAAAACUGAACCUGCCCCAACCCCUGUAACUAAACCUACCCAAGCCCCAACCCCUGCAACAAAACCCACUCCCAGCAUUACCCAUGAAUCCAAACAUACUAUGUCUACCUCUGCAACCAAAUACACCCCUUAUCCACCACCUUUUGGUAAACCUACCCCUGCCCCUGCACCAACACCAAGACCAAAAUUUGUAACAACAUUUGGAUUGUCGACAAGCCGAAACACUGCUCCUAUUGCCAAGCUUGAGAUAAAACAACCCACAGGACAAACUUCAAAAUCUAGCACCCAAACUGGCACAACAUCUGUAAGGAAAGCCUCCAUCUCUGAACCAAUUGUUCCCAUUGCUAAAUCUCCAUCUGCUGUUGCUCCUAUUCUUACCUCUUCCUCUGCCACCACAAAAUCACCCACAGUUACCUCUGCACCACAAGUUCCUGUCCUGAAGUCUCCUCCUGGUAUUGCUCCAUCAUUCAUUUCUUCAAAAAGAGCGGAUGAUGACGCCAGGAUAGAUUUAAGAGAGGACCUGGUAAGACAAGAAGGAAUUGACAAUAGAGACUCAGUGGCUACUCAAAGCAUCAGCAAGGCAGUGAAAAGGGGCCCUGCAGCGAAGCCUACAACUCUGAGUAAGAUCCCUGUUAGCGGUGGAGGUAGACCUCCUAAGCUGCCUCAUCGAGAUUCCCAGCCCAAUGGAGAUGAGGACCACUCAAAUCUACCAACACCGAUACAUGAAGAGGAGAUCCCAUUCACUCUCUCACGGGAAAGCAGCAGCAAGGAGGCCCUCAGUGAUGUCUCCACAGAAUCGGGGGCUGUCACCCCAACCCUCUCCCACAGCCAAGACGACAUUCUUGAUGGAAAACUUGGUCUCCAGACAUCAUCAGGUCCUGCAGCUGGUGCCACAAGCUUAACCUGGGAAUCCAAGAUCCCAAUCAAACACGGAUCUACUGCAGCCUACCAUUCUGUUCAGAGUAGGGCAGAAGCCACACGUUCUAAGAUACCGGUGUCCAAAAUGCCUGUUCGCCGGACCAGCAAUAAGCCUGCACCAACAGCUACAGCUGCCGUCACCCGAAAAUAACUGAUAUAAUAAUUCGGUCUAUGACAAAAUCCUGAAACAUUCCACUGGCAACAGUUUUCUCAAGAUUUACUUUUUGAUAUUCGAUCAGGCAUCACUGCGUCUUUUGCAGCAAAAAUCUUUACAGGAACAACUGGAUUAUUAUCGUUAUUUGAACUAAUUUACACACUGGUGUCAACCACACAAUUCUUUUAUCAGCUGGGUGUUUUUAUUCAUAUCACUCUUGAACAGACUGAUGCUGUGGAUUCAACUCUGUGUGCAACCAGGAACAGACAGCACACCCACAGGCCCGGUCUAAGUGAUCUCCAUGGCAACCAAACAUGCUAAUUAAAUGGCAGGCACUAAAGCACAAGAGCCCUCACCUGGAAUCCAAAGCCAUGUAGACCUUCUCUGAAGAAACAAGCAAUGUGUCUGUCCAUUAUCUCCGGCAUUGUAAUAGUCCAUAAUGGUCUUUUGUGGUAAUUAAAAGCCUCAGAGAAGAAACAAGCAAUCCAACACGGAGUCUUGUGGUUUUCAUCCAGGUCUACAACACCAGAGGAGCCCAGUAUCAUUACAAAGGUGCUUUUUUCUUAUCAUCCUGCCUGCCACACAGAAAAAAAAAGUUUUGUUACAGAGCAGUCUUUGUAGCCUUUGUUACUUGGCCUUCGUUUUUAGAAUUUUUUGUCUGGUGUCUUUUCCAAAAAGUUUUUUUUCCAAGUGAACUGUGGAUCAAUGUUAGUCUUCUUGGAACUCCCUCGUGUUGUAUGCAAACAAACAGAAUCUCUUACCUGUACAGUUCAUGCCAAGACAGGAUAUUCCACAGUAUCUUUUGAAUGUAUGUAGCAGAACGCAUGCCCUACUUUUUCAACAAGAUGAGCCAUCUCACUCCUUUUCCUCU